AUGGCUGCGAACCGCGUGGGGCGGCGGCUGGGGCGAGCGUCGCCGGCGCGCUCCGGCGGGCUGUCCCCGGGGUCUGCCUCGGCGGACCUGAAGUCCAAGGAGGAGAAGGACGCCGAGCUGGACAAGCGGAUCGAGGCCCUGCGCCGCAAGAACCAGGCCCUCAUCAAGCGCUACCAGGAGAUUGAAGAGGACCGCAAAAAGGCCGAGCAGGAAGGCAUAGCAGUGACCGGAGCCCGGAGGGCCCCACCUGCCGACGUCCCCCAUGUGGCGGAGAGGAGGCAAGGGGAGAUGGCUGGCGCCACCCUGACGGUGCAGGUCUUGCUGUCACCCGAGGAGAAGCGUGUGGUGAGCGACGAACGGAAGCCCCACGUCUCCCACAGGGCUUUGCGCGGCAACCCAAACGCCCGAGGCUCGGCCCGAGGGGGGCCUGGUCUGGGCAGAGUCUCCCCACGAGCUGAGUGCCGCCCAGAGCAGUCCAGCUGGGAAGGGGCGGAAGGAGACGGCACAGGGAUUGGCAAGCGGGGGCGAGGAGGCCGGAGGCCACGGGGCCGUGGGGGCCCAGCAGGAGAAGCCGGCCCAGACAGAAGAUCCAAGGAGUGGGAAGAGCGCCGCCGGCAGAACAUUGAGAAGAUGAAUGAGGAGAUGGAGAAGAUUGCGGAGUACGAGCGAAGCCAGCGUGACGGGCUACAGGAGAGGAAUCCGGUGCGCAAUUUCCUGGAUGACCCCCGGCGCAGUGGCCCCUUCGCAGAGUCGGACCGGCGGGAGGGCAGCCGGCGCCACAUCCGCAACUGGGGGGGAGCAGACUUUGACAAGAUCAAGACUGGGAUGGAGCAGGGCAAGGCAUGGCCCCCUCCGGGUCGGGGCAGUGCCCGCUGCAGGGAGGAGACCCUGGACAUGACGCUGUCCAUGACGGGCCGGGAGCGGGCCGAAUACAUCCGCUGGAAGCAGGAGCGGGAGCAGAUUGACCGCGAGCGCCUGGCCCGGCACCGGCAGGCCACGGGCGAGUGGCGCAGAGAGUGGGAUGCGGAGAAGAUGGACACCAUGUUUAAGGAAGGAGCCAAGCCCGGAGGGUCUCUGGGCCACAAGCAGGAGGAGUCAAAGCGCCCCCCCAAGAUGCCCACCCUCGGGGCAUUCCUGCCUGAACACCAGCCACAGCGGCGCAGAAAGGGCAGGGGCCGUGGGCACGCACGGGGUGCACCCCCCAAGCCAUACAGCAGGCACGACAAUCGCUGGGAGGAGGAGGAGGCGGAGGAGAUGGGGCCGGAGGCAGCCCCAGCUGAGGCGAAGGCCCACUCGGCCCCAGUGCGGCAGGAGGAGCUGCCUGCCUCGCCCCACGCAGCGCCGGAUGAGGAUGAAGACCAGUGGGAGGACGUUAGUGAGGGGGAGGAGGGGGAGGAUGAAGGCAGUGUCAGCCAGGGAGCUUCCUCAGUGGCAGAGGAAGAGGAGGAUGAGGCUCCCCCCUCCUCCCCCCAGGUCCUCACGGCCAAGCCCCCUGGCCGAGAUGGGCCAUCGCCGCUCGCCAUGCCCCCCUCUGAACCAGAGACCUCGAAUGCAGAGGGGAAACCCGUGACCCCCUUCUCGCCAGUAGAGGGGUACCACCCCGUUUCUGAUUGGGGGGAAGAGAUGGAGCUGAGCUCCCCCCAGGCCCACUGCACCAAGAGCCCUCUGGCACCUUUGGCUGAUGGAGCCGUGGGCCCCCCGCCGGGAGCCCUGGUGGAGGAGAGAGGGGAAGGGCCGCGUGCACCCACGCCUGAGGAGGGGACGACAACCGAGCCGGGAGAGCAAGGAGCUGCCAUGGAUCCGGCCCAGCGUCUGGCACCCAGCAGCAGCAGCAGCAGCAGCAGCAGCAUGGCGGAGUUCCCAGAGGGCCAGCAGACCCGGCCCGUCCUCCGGACUGGGGAUCCCGAGCCCACCCUACGAGUUACCCGGGCCAGCAGGAGGCGGCCCCUAGACGGCUCGGGUGCUGCGCGCAGGGCCCUUUUGCGGCAGGAGCUCGGAGGGCCGGCCGGAGCAGCGGGACCCAGGAACGACCGCCUGACUCUGAACUGGGGGCCGGCGCACUUCUCCUCCUCUGCCCUGCUGUCUCGGGGGCCUUGGGUUUCUGUGCCUGCCCAGAAGGGCGCGUCCCUUCGACCGGCCAGCGGGGACGCCCUGGCCCCUCCGCGCGCCCGGGCGGGCUGCCGCGGCCAGAGGCUUGGGCGAGCCUCCAGCGCCCAGGGCUCCAUGGCCAAGCGCCGCCGCCCCGGCUCCGUUGCGGUUGCGAGGGCUGAAGUCCGAGGCUGCCAAGCCCCCUCCCGACGGACUCAGUCGCCACCGGCCCCCACGCCCUUCGCGGGCUGCAAGUGCAGCGGGAGCCCCAGCCGUCGAGGCCGCUCGCUUGCCAGAGCGCCCCGCCCGGCAGCCGCUGGAGACCGGCGAGCCAGCGGCGAGAGAGAGCUGGUCUGGCAAGGGGGCGACCAGGGGAGUCCAAGGCCUUGCUCUGGGGCUCUCCACGGCUGGGAGAAGAGGGUCUUGGGAGAGGAGGCAGAGGGGAGCGCCCCCUCGGAGGAACCCGCUCCCAUCGGGAGGAACCCCGCCGAGCAGCGUUGCGACACAGCAGAGACCGCGGAGGAGCUGCGCAAGGGACCCGGCUGGGCGCUGCCCAUCCCCAGGCUGCGGGACUGCGGACGGGAUGAUGGGCCAGGCUGGGCGGCGGGGCUGGGCUGUUCGCGGGGGGCCGGGGAAGGGCGCGGCGGAGCUCGAGGAAAGGGGGCCCGGGGCGGAGCGCGGCCGGGAGAGAGAGCAGCAACUCCGCGGCACCGGAGCAGCUGGGCCGGCCAAAGGUCCAGGACAGACUUCUCAGCCGCAGCGCGGAGGCGGCGGGCCAGGGAGCUUCCACGGCGGACCGCCUUUUGGCCCCUGAGCGGUUCCGGGGCCCGCCGAGCCCCCUGA